AUGGAGAUCGUUGAUCAGCGAGAUGAUAUCUUUGACGCCUUCAACCUAGUGAGAGGCCCGCUUUUAGGUCGUGGCAGCUCAGGAGAGGUUGUUCUGGCCUCGGCCAAACACGAUAUGUCCUUGAAAAUGGCAGUCAAAAUAAUAUCUCUCGAGAGGCAGCAAUGGGAAAACCAGUUCGACGAAGAAGUCACUUUUCUUCGCCAACUACGCCAUCCACAUAUCUUGAAGAUCGUAGCUUCGUCGUGGAAUGCAGCCUAUGGCUUCAUUGUGAUGAACUACUACCAGAACGGGACACUUUACGACACCAUGUCAGGACCUGUCAAAGGACCGAGGAUGCUCAGACACACCCUGGAUGUGGACCGUGCCAUUCUCGGAGACUUCGGGCUGGCGAUACGAUUGAGGGACAGCGAGACCAUGGUGGUGGAGUGGGUGUCUACACCCGGCUUUUACGGACCCGAGACGCCCAUGUGCCCAUUCAAGCUGGACAUGUACAGCCUUGGAAUCACCAUGUGGGUGCUUAUCUAUAAACGACACACCAUCGACCUCGACCCGCUAGCCUCAACAGACAACUGCAGCAACAUAAAGGAACCUUACAGGAGGAUCCUACUCCAACUGCUGCACGAGGAACCCCGUCAACGCUGGAGCGCCGCAGAUUUGUUGAGGUUCAGCGCAUGGAAUUCUCUCCGCGCACCACAGCAGCUGAGCACUCACUAG